AUGAGCUCAGGCAUCGCACGAAGUCGUUUACUUGAAGAACGCAAGCAAUGGCGUAAAGACCAUCCUCAUGGUUUCUGGGCACGACCUGGCAAGAAUGCCGACAACUCUCUCGACCUUAUGCAAUGGACAUGCGGCAUUCCUGGCAAAGACGGUACACCAUGGGCGAAUGGCGUUUACAAAAUCAGCAUGACCUUUCCUGAAGAAUAUCCAAGCAAGCCUCCCAAAUGCAAGUUUACCCCACCUCUCUUUCAUCCCAAUGUGUAUCCUUCUGGCACUGUUUGCUUAUCUAUAUUGAAUGAGGACGAAGGAUGGAAGCCUGCCAUCACGUUGAAACAGAUCCUUCUUGGUAUCCAAGAUUUGUUGAACGAUCCCAAUCCAGACUCCCCUGCUCAACAAGAAGCGUACAUUUUGUUCAGGAGGGACAAGGCUCUGUAUGAGAAAAAGGUUUUGGAACAAGCAGCCCGUAACCGCCCUUCAUGA